AAAGAUAGAGCUAGAUCAUGUCUGGACGCGGAAAGACCGGAGGCAAAGCCAGGGCUAAGGCCAAGAGCCGCUCCUCCAGAGCAGGGCUGCAGUUCCCCGUUGGCCGAGUUCACAGGCUGCUGAGGAAAGGGAACUACGCUCAGCGCGUCGGUGCCGGUGCUCCUGUGUAUCUGGCUGCGGUGCUGGAAUAUUUGACCGCUGAGAUCCUGGAGUUGGCUGGAAAUGCUGCCCGCGACAAUAAGAAGACCAGGAUCAUCCCCCGCCACCUGCAGCUGGCUGUCCGCAACGAUGAGGAGCUGAACAAGCUGCUUGGUGGAGUCACCAUCGCUCAGGGAGGAGUUCUCCCCAACAUCCAGGCGGUGCUGCUGCCCAAGAAGACCGAGAAACCCGCCAAGAAGUAAAGCUACGACACCUGAAACCA